AUGAUGUUGAACCAAACCACCAACAAGAUUCUGAAGCUUCUGUGGACACAAGGUGUGUGGAAGAUGUAUGGUUCCAUGCCGAGGGACUUUUGUGAUGAGUAUGGUGCUGUUGGUCCUAAUGCGAAAUGUGACAUGACUGAGUCUCCAAAUGUUUGUGAAUGUUUGAGAGGGUAUAGGCCUAAGUCACCAGAAGAAUGGAUCAGAACAAAUUACGAAGGAGGUUGCUUGCACGACAAGAAUCUGAAUUGCAAAAGCGAUGGGUUUAUCAAGUGUGUUAAGAUGAAAUUCCCUGAUACUGAGAAUUGUUGGUACUUGAAUCAGAGUAUGAACUUGGUUGAGUGCACAGACAAGUGCUUGCGGAAUUGUUCUUGUAUGGCUUAUGCGAAUUCGGAUAUUCGAGGAGAAGGCAAUGGUUGUGCUUUGUGGUUUGGUGAUCUUAAUGAUUUGAGAGUUCAACCAGAUGCAGGGCAAGAUCUUUAUGUUAGAGUCCCUUCUUCAGACUUGCUCCUAGUUCUCUACUUCACUUGCAUAGGAGGAAGAAGUGCCAAGGCAAAAGAGAAUUUAGCAAUGAUGGAUAGUUUCAUUGAAGAACAAGACGGGCAUCUAGAACUUCCAUUGUUUGAUCUAUCUAGUUUAGCUAAUGCUACUGGUAACUUUUCAGUAAAAAACAAGGUUGGAGAAGGUGGUUUUGGACCUGUAUACAAGGGAUUAUUGAAAAAUGGGCAAGAAAUUGCUAUUAAAAGACUUUGUAGAGGUUCUGUACAAGGGCUUAAAGAAUUCAAAAAUGAAAUUGCAUUGAUUGUUAAACUUCAACAUCGUAAUCUUGUGAAACUUCAUGGAUGUUGCAUUCACAAUGAAGAGAAAAUGCUUGCAUGGGACUUGUGGACUAAAGAAAAGCCUCUAGAAAUUGUUGAUGAUAUCCUAAUAGAGUCUUGUAACCUCUCUCAAGUAUUGAGGUGCAUUCAGAUCAGUCUUCUCUGUUUGGAGCAACAUCCAUAUGAUAAACUAGACAUGUCAUCAGUGAUUAUGAUGUUUGGAAGUGAAAUUGCCUUGCCUAAGCCAAAACAACCUACUUUAUUUAUUGGAGAAUAUGCAUAUCAAUAUGAUUCUGCCAACGAAUUAAGUAUCGAAGUCCUAGAAUCGAGAUGA